GCUUGUCCCGCUCUACUCUUCACUUUAUCUCCACUCUACUUUACUUCUUUUGCUUUAUACUCAUCACCCCCUCGCCACCGCAUCUACUUCAUUGCAUUCAUUUUAUUUUUUUUUGUAGGCCAUGAGCAAGGCCUUUGACCCGCUUCGGCGGCUGGUGGUCCAGUUUAAUGCUCGACUCGCCCAUCUUAGGGCCUUUCCGACCACUAACGUACCUCCACCGGCCCCACCCCAUCUUCAUGCCCCGGCCCCUUCUGCGGCCCAUCACCCCGUUCAGUUUACAAAGCCUCCACCAAUCUUUGGCCAGUUCCAGGUCAAGGUCGCUUAUCCAUCCCAUAAGGAUGGACCCGUACUACUAGCACAUCUUAACAAUAACUUCAACAGCCUUGUACGACAGUUACUCGUUCCUGAGCCAUUGAGAGUAGCUGCUGUGGAUUAUGCCUGUCGAUCAGCAGGUCGUCCUCAAAUUGCCUCGUUACUGUCUAAUACUUCACAGCGUAUGAUGCAUCAUCAACCAUUGUCCUUCGCGACUGCUACUGUGAAUGUGCCCCAUGGCUUUGUCAAGAAUGUCGGUUUCUUCUCCACUCGUGGUUUCAGCUCAGGUGUCUCUGCAUUUCACCCGGCUAUGAAUGGACCCGUCAAGAUGAUGGCCCAGAUGUAUGCCAAGCCUCUCGGCUCCUUACCUGCCAAUGCCAAGAAAUUGGCCGAAAAAGACAAUUCUCAUUAUAACAAGUACCAGCCCGAUGCUAAGAAGAAGUUGCAGCGUAACAAGUCUCAUCGUGGUGGUGAAGUCAAGAAGCGCGCCAACAAUGUCAGUCGUAUCUCUCCUUUGAACAUCAGAGCUUUUAUGAACCGCGCCGCCACUGUUGAGCAGCAGCAGCAAAUCUUGGCUGUCUGUAAUGUUAACGAAGCCAUCACAGAGUCCACUGCUAUUUCUAUGGCCAAGACCGCUGGAAAGACUGUCUCGGACCUUGAAGAGCUUCCCAAGUUAAUCACCUCAGAUUCGUGCCCCACAAAUGUUGACAUGAUUUUCUUGUUAGAUGCCUCUCCGUUGUGGCACUUGGAUACUAUGGUUGCUGCCUUGCACACGGACACUCUAAGAGCACCUAAGGAGCUCAACAUGAGCUUCAUUCGGGACCUGCUCGAGGUGACCAAUGCACAGUAUCAACAUUUCAUGGAAGUUUCUGCGAUACUUCGAAAAUUAGUUCAGUGUCCAGAGACUAGAGAGAUCACAUUGGAAGGAUAUGAGCUUCGCGUCCAUUUUGUCGGCACUACAUUGUUUGAUAUGUCAAAGUUUUUGCAGGAGCUAACGAUUGAUCCUAAGAGUCCACACUUUGACUUGGAGGAGGUCUUUGUGGACCCAGCUAUGACUCGCGAGCAGUACUAUCCUCAAGCAUCCGUAAAUAACUUUUACGCGUCAUCGCUCACCGACAACCAAACCUGGGAUGACUGUAGUAGUCUUCAUAGCUCAAUGAUGUUGUGUGCAGAUUCGGAAAGGUGCUCCAGUGUUGUAAGCUUUGCUACCAUGGAAUCUCUGCCAGAGCAUCAGAGUCCUUGGGAAGAGGUCGCUACUACGAGUGUUGCAGCGUCUGGUCAAACUAGUGAGUGUACAUCAAGCCAAGAGGUUCUCUAUCAAGAACAGAAGGAGGAGAAGGAACAUGCGGAAUUCAUUCAAGAUCAAGUAGAAGCUGUGAAUGUCGCUAUUGCUGCUCCUAGUCUGAUCACCGAGGGAUUGUAUCCUGACGAGGAAGCUGUUAGUCCAUGGAGGAACACUGAGCCCAUAAAGACAUCACAAUUAUCGUCGUCGGCAGCAAUGAUGAACCUUGACAGAAUGUCAAGUCAGAUCUUAAACUCGACUGUGGUCAGUGAGGAAUACUUUGACAACAUUCGAGGAUUUUUAGAUAGUAUUGAAGCUGUGCACCGUCAUUCUGAGAAGCUUUUCGGUAAUCAAUAGCCUAAGCUUUUGCGAGAUUAUCUUCUUUUUUUCCUUUUUUUGAAGUAAAGAAAUAAAGAAAUUCUUUUUUUUAUGAUCAUUAA